ACUGACGUGUCGUAUUCGGUUAUUAUUGAGGAAAAACACAGUGCUGUUUUUCAUGCUAACGUUACUUCUGUCACCGCCAGGUAUUACCAACAGGCAGAACAAUGUCAGAGCCCAGCAAACAGGAUAUUUCUGCUAUUUUUAAGCGACUGCGCUCCAUUCCCACGAAUAAGGUUUGCUUUGACUGUGCAGCUAAAAACCCCAGCUGGGCCAGCAUCACCUAUGGUGUAUUCCUGUGUAUAGACUGCUCGGGGACUCACAGGUCUCUGGGGGUGCACUUGAGCUUUAUUAGGUCCACUGAGCUGGAUUUUAAUUGGUCGUGGUACCAGCUAAGAUGUAUGCAAGUGGGAGGCAACGCGAGUGCGAUUGCCUUUUUCAAUCAACAUGGGUGCACAGCCAGCGCUGCCAAUGCCAAGUACAACAGCCGAGCCGCUCAGCUAUACAGAGAGAAGAUAAAGAAUUUAGCCACACAAGCCACCAGACGACACGGGACUGAGUUGUGGCUCGACAGUCAGGCUCCUCUCUCUCCAACAUCACCAGAGGACAAGCAGGUGGAUUUCUUCAGUCUGCAUACACAGGCUGUUCCUGAAAAUUUGAACAUGGCUAAAAUGAGUCUCAGCUCCUCCACAUCAGAGACCACAGAAAAAGAGGAGGACAAAAAUGGUAAUCCAGAGGAGGGUCCAAGUGUGGAAAUGCUGAGUGUUUCUCCAAAAACAAAUCCAGAGCCGUCCUCUCUCCUCAAGAAGAAGCCCGCUGCUGCCAAGAAAACAUUGGCCUCUAAGAAGGGCGGUCUGGGCGCUCAGAAGGUCAGCAGCCAAAGUUUCUCAGAGCUGGAGAAGAAGGCACAAGCUGCCGACAAGCUAAGAGAGAAAGAAGUGAGCGCUGCGAGCGCCAAAAAGAGUGUUCAACCUGAGGACUCCAUCGCUCCGUCCCUGCGACUGACCUAUAAAGACCUUGAGCAGCAGAGGAAAAUGGAGGAGAAGAAGCUGAAGGGAUUAGAGGGGAAGAAGAAGGAGCAAGCUGAGAGACUGGGCAUGGGUUUAGGCAUCAGGAGUGGAGUUUCUCACUCAGUGACAUCGGACAUGCACAUCAUUGAGCAGGAGAGUCCACUGGGGGCAAAGAGCAACAAAGGACGGCGAUUCACUGAUGAAGACAAUGAUGAAGGGUCCUUCACCUCUAGGGUCCUGUCUCGGUUUGAGGAUCAGACAGAGCCGUCUGAUAAUUUCUCCUCACGGUGGGCGGGCGAUGGAGGCGAUGGAGGAGGCUGGAUGAAGGAGAGCAAGAAACCAGAGCCGGACUUCUACUUGUCCUCUAUAUCUUCACUUGACGACAGGCCCACAUCCAGGAGGAAACCAGAACCAGUACCAGUGUCAGACACAGGAGAGGCUCGGAAAAAGUUUGGAGAUGAGGUCAAGGCCAUCUCCUCUGAAAUGUACUUUGGGAAACAAGAAAACUCUGAGUACGAAGCCAAGACGCGACUGGAAAGAUUUGCUGGCAGCGCCUCUAUAAGUUCAGCUGACCUUUUUGAUGAUCCAAAGAAGCAAACUGCGAGUUCGUACCGUCUGACCAACGUGCUGCCCAGCGCUCCCGACAUGUCGCAGCUCAAACUGGGAGUACGCUCUGUUGCGGGAAAACUCUCCGUCAUGGCCAGUGGCGUAGUUAGCUCAAUUCAGGAUCACUACAGUUCCUGAGUCAUGGUGCGUCUCUUCUUGGAUUCAGCAUCUGUACUCCUCCUCUGAUUACCAGAGUUAGAUCAUUCUCCCAGUGAGUGGUGGUUCCUUAUCUGGGGAGAGAAAGGGAAAGAUCAUUCAGUGCUCUGAGCAAAUCUGCUCUGUGAUGCAUCAAAAUUUACUCCCACAUGACCCUGUAUACAUCUACAUCUAGUUUUUUAUUAGAUUAUGUAUAUAUAAAGCUGAAUCAAGAUGACUGAAGCACAAUAUUUGUUCCUCUGCAGGCAUCUUGAAGGGAGAUUACUGUGUAUAGUACAGUCAUGAAGAAUAUUUAGUUUACAGUAUAUUACUUAGUUUGCUUUGCGGUCUUUGGGUUUAAAUAUUUAGAAAUACUGUGUGUAGCAGUCUGAGCGUGUUCCUGGUGUUAUGAAGGAGGGAUUUUCUUUUUGAUUCCUUUAGUGAAAAAGGUCAGAACCGAAGCAGCGGAGACAAUUCAGAUUAAAAUACUAAAUUAGUUAACACACCCUCACUCAUCACAUGCACUUUUUUCGUUUAAGUCUUGCACAUUCCCACAGGUUUGAAAGUGUCCUUUCCGUCCCCAAAGUGCACUUAUGUUUGCUCUUCCACAGUCAGGACCAAAAGCUGAUAACGAGGCCUUGGGGGACCAGACAUAUAUAUUUCUUAAUUGAAGAUAAUAUCAAUUAUGUAAAUUGAUACUGGCCUAGUCAGCACAGAAGCUUCAUUAUCCUGCAAAAAGCUAUGUUUUUCUUACUAUUGUAAGUUCAUGCAUUCACAGUACAAAAGGACGAAAUGACAUGGAGCCUAAGCAGCUAGAAAAGUUUAUCGAGUAGUUUAAUGUUUUGGGAAAUGCGCUCAUUCCACUCUCGUAUGUGUGUGUUUUAAUUAAUGAGGUGUUGGUAGGUGGAGGUUAGCUGUUUCCCCCCCGUUUCUAGUAUUUAUGCUGAGCUACGCUAACUGGCUACAUUCUGUAGCUUCAUAUUUAAGGAACAAAUAUGAGAGUCAGUUGACAAGAAACAAAAAAAAUCUAUUAACCAGAACUAUUCCUUUAAGGUAAAAAGUCUUUCUCAAACCAAUUAGACUUUGCAAUCAAGAAUAUGGUCAACAGCUGUAGCUGUCUGUAGCUUUCUGGUCCCAUUGUUCAGCAGCACAUGUCCACUUAAGAAAAAUGAAUGUAAAAAAGCCCUUUAAAGCCUUCAGAGUUCAUUUUUUGUUGCUGUAACAUACUGCCAAGGUCUGAGUGAUAUCUUUAAUUACGUCAAAUGUAACAGAGUUGGUGAAGAGCAAGAUUCAUGUCAGUCAAACUGUGACAGGUGGUGCUAUGGUGUGAUUUUUGGAUUUGACAUUUAAAAGCAAUAGAAAAGCAGCUUGAUAUCUGUCUAUGGCUUUGGUAUUCAAAAACUGCAGCUUGCGCUUUAGCAUUUAUCUAAAGUUUGCUUAUGAGUAAAGGGACUGAUGUUUUUGACGCCCAGAUUGGGAACAGGAUGAUUAUCUUACUGAGCAAUUUCUGUACUGUUUAUGCUUCUCAGGAGUUUGAUUUGACUUAUUAAAUAUGAAACACUAUGAAACACUAAAAUAGUUACACAUCCUCCGAUGACCAAAUAUUUGUUAAAUCCAUCACUAUAUGCCUUAGUCCAAAGAUCUCUAAAUCAUACGUCCUCAUAUUGCAAUAUUGUGGAGUCAUCUAGUAACCUUUUUGCACAUGAUUUGUUAGAAAUUGCACGUGGCAGCUUUUGCUUGAAUGUACUGUAUUGCAUUGCAAUUGAACCUUAUGCCUUUCAGUUGACGAUGCGUCCAUGUUAGACCUGUUUUGAUUGUCUUGAUUGUUUGUGUCUUCUGCUGUUGAAUAAUGAUAAUGUUACACAAAAGAAUAGCAGCUUGUGCGAUUUGCAUGGCCCCGGUAGUUAUUAGAACACGCUGACACACCCUAAUUACAAGAUAGCAUACAGCCUCCCAUUUAUUUGAAUAAUACUGGCAUGACAGACUUGUUCUAUAGUAAAUGUAUAGUAGGCUAUGAACUGCUACAUACAAUGUUGUAUACAGGGCUUUGAGUUACCAUUUAUAGGAAGCUACUGAUAAUCAAAUUUUGACAAUUUUUGACACUCAAAAUGUACGUAAGAUUUUUGGAAACAUGCCAAAAUAAAUGGUUUGUGCCUAAA